UUUGUCCAGACCCACAGCUUGCAGGACCUCCAGCAGCCAGCUGUCUCCUCCAAGGUGUUUAUCCAGAGAGACUACAGCUCAGGAACCAUCUGCAAGUUCCAGACCAAGUUCCCCUCUGAACUUGAGUCAAGGCUCGAUAAGCAGCAGUUUGAGGAAACCAUCCAGACUUUAAACAACCUGUAUGCAGAGGCGGAGAAACUAGGGGGGAAGUCUUACCUGGAGGGCUGCCUGGCUUGUCUAACUGCAUAUACAAUCUUCCUCUGUAUGGAGACACACUAUGAAAAGGUGCUAAAGAAGAUUGCCAGAUACAUAAAGGACCAGAAUGAGAAGAUAUAUGCUCCCAGGGGUUUGCUGCUGACUGACCCCAUAGAGAGAGGCCUCAGAGUUGUUGAAAUCACCAUCUUUGAAGACAGAAGUAUUGGCUCUGGAAGAUAAAAGAAUCUUUCGACUGAUGUCUCUGACCAGAUACUCUUCAUCUGUCUGGCAACACAUACUCAGAUAUCUGCUUCACCUGAAUGAUGUAUAUAAUUAUGAUCUGAUCUUUUUUCUGUUAUUUAUAAGUAAUCUACUAUCUGCCUUUCCUUAUGUUUGUCUUAUGUUUUCAUGUCUUUUUUUAUACAUGAGGUGAUGUACA